AUGAUCGAGAUUGUACCAGAAGUGAUCGAGAUUGUACCAGAAGUGUUGGAGUAUAAGCCACCAUUUUCGACGUCGUCUACGGAACAUGUGACGAUAAAGAACAAGAGCAAGGAGAAGGUGGCCUUCAAAGUGAAGACUACGGCUCCAAAAAUUUACUGUGUAAGACCGAACGCAGCUGUGGUUGCUCCAGGGGAAGAAGUGCAAAUUCAAGUGAUUCUACUUGGUUUAAGUGAAGAACCUGCUCCUGACUUCAAGUGUAAGGACAAGUUUCUUCUAAUAACUCUACCUGCACCAUAUGAUUUGGGGGAGACUACUGUUGCUGAAGCAUGGCCUCAGCUUGAAGCCGAGUUCAAAGAUCAAGCAAUGUCUAAGAGAAUUAGGGUUAAGUACUUGAUGUCUCACGCAUCCAAGAAUGAAGGCGAGAAGAGCCCUGCUGAUGCUGCGGGAGCAGCAUCUGCUGCUCCCGCAACAGAAGCCAUAGGGGCUACCUCUGCUUCGGCCGGCAGGGGUCAUGAUUUGAAAGAAGGUGUGGAUACUGCUCAGGAAAAGGUCGUAGAUAAUGCGCCAAGGGUGGCCAAUCCGGUUAAUCGUCCAGCUUCACAAACAACUGCAAUUAAGCACAAGGAGCGAGCAUCGCUAUCUAACAACCAGGAACCCGUAUCUGCGUUCAAUCCCGCCUUGGUGUUGGCGCUUGCGUUGCUAGCACUGGCUUUGGGCUGGUUGUAUUAUUAA